AAAAAGGUCGUUGAUACAGAGGCGAACGGAAUCCGACGCGAAUUCCACGUCGCCCAAACGAGUCCUAUACCUCUUCGUCAUUCGUGAAGUGGAGUAUAAGUUUCUCUCAGAUGUGUAUUAUAUCGCGAGACUCGGUUUCAAUCUAGGCUGGUCGCUGCCGAUUGAUUUUGAUUGAUUUUGCGCUGCGACCGCUGCAUCUCCACUUUGCGCCGCUCUCAGACCGUGACGCGACCGGGCGAGACAACCCCCACACACCAUGACUUCCAACGAUCUCCGCGACGUUUUAAACCUCCCUUCUGAACAUUCUCCAGCGCCUCGGCCAUCCAAAAAGCAAAAGACCAGCACCCCGCGACCCAAUCUCAAGGGACUUGCCCGUGAGGUUCAAAGUCUUGGCGGCGAUAACCCAAUCGCAAUUGUCCCGGAGGUUUCCUUUUUCAAGAAGCGCCGGUUUGCGAGUCGAAAGCCUGCUGCUCGGUGGGAGCUAAAGGCAUUUACGAACUCGGCGCGCGGGGAUAAUGGCGCCCUCGUGUUACGGCACUGGAAGCGGAAGACGGAGGACGGCCCGCCCGGCGGUCCCACGCCGGACGCCGAGCCCGGCGCCGGUGGGGACCGGCCGGGCGAGCAGACGAAGGAUGACCAGCCAGAGGAUUCGGCCUUCGCCAAGUUUAACGUGCAGGUUACGGUGCCACAAUACAAUCAAGACCAGUACGAAGCCAAUCUCCAGAGUAAGGACUGGACAAAAGAGGAGACAGAUUACUUGCUAGAGAUGGCGAAGGAAUACGAUCUGCGGUGGCCCAUCAUCUGGGACCGGUACGAGUUCACACCGAAACCGCCCCAGGAAGACGAGGCCAAUGGCACUAGUACGGCCGUCGUGCCCGUCUCUAAGCCGCGGACGAUGGAGGACCUCAAGGCCCGCUACUACGAAGUUGCGGCCAAGAUGAUGGCAGUGCAGAAGCCUGCGCAGUACAUGACCCGGCCAGAGUUUGAGCUCUACGAGAUGAUGCAAAACUUCAACCCCGAGCAGGAACGGAAACGGAAGGAGUUUGCCCUCAACACCAUGUCGCGUUCCAAGGACGAAGCGCGCGAGGAGGAAUCCCUCUUGCUCGAGAUCAAACGCAUACUUUCACGCACCGAGCGCUUCAACGAGGAGCGCCGUGAGCUGUACAACCGCCUCGACUACCCAGCCACCGACUCCGACAUCAACUCCUUUAAGAGCUCAGCCGGCCUGCAGGCCCUGCUCCAAAACCUCAUGAGCACGGACAAGUCCAAAAAACGAAAAAGCAUCAUGGGCACCGGCGAGGGCGUCAGCCCGGUACCGGGCAGCGCGGUCUCGGAGAACGGCCCGGGCGGCAACCGGCGCGAGAGCAUCGCGGCGCUGGCCUCGUCCCGAGAUGGCGGCGAGUCUGCCCGGGGGGGCCGCGCGCCGUCCACGCCCGCCGAAGCAACACCUACCUCCGCAGGGGGGGCAUCGGCGGCCGCGGCCGCAGCAGCCAACAAGAAGAAGGGCGGCAGUGCCCCGCAGCAGCCCGAACGCCGCAAGCUCUCGGCGCAGGAGGAGCAAGUGUACGGCGUGUCGCACCACGACCGGCUCGGCAGCGGGCCCACGUUCCGCUACGAAAAGAUCAACAAGCUCUACAGCCACAAGUCGGGCCAGCAGCAGAUGCGCAUCACAAACGCCCUCGCCGAGCUCGACGUGCCCCCCCGGCUGGUCAUGCCCACCGCCGCCGUCACGGCCCAGUUCGAGGUGCUCUGGGGCGCCGUCACGGCUCUCGUCGAUCUCCGCAAGGUCAGCGACAAGCUGGACGCCGAGAUCAAGAUUGAGGAGGCCAAGAAGGCCGAGAGGGAUCGCGCCAGGGGCGUAGGGGCUGGCGUUGGUACGGGCCAGGCAGGGACGGGAGGAGCAAGCGCCGGGGAUGCCGCUCCUGCAGAUACUAAUAAUAAAGCCAUCAAGGAGGAGGAGUCUGGCCCCGCGGGCGGCAGCACGGCCAGGCCUGCGAGUAGCGGCGGCGGGCCGCAUAAGCGGAGUGCCAGCGUGCUCAGCGCGGCGAGCGAUAAGAGUGCCAAGCGGCAAAAGAAGUAG